AUGGAUACAGAAGACAUGGGCUCAGGUAAACUAGGUCAAAUCUUGAAGCAGAUUUGGACACAAAACCUAAUGCUAAAACAGACACUCCAGGGGAAUGAGCAUUUUGAAGGCAUCAACAAAGCCACUUGGAUAGCUGCUGUGGUCUCUCUAGGUCAAGGGCUCAGUGGGGCCCUCCAUCAACUUUUGGACUUCACUGCAGGAAACCUAUAUUCUAUCUGCCAGCACUUGCAUGGAAUACUUGACAAGGAGAAUCAAUGUAUCUGGACACAAGAAAUUACUAGCUUCAUAGACUGCCUCAUGAAAAUAAAUGAAUAUUUGGGGAGCACUGCUACACUUCUGAGAAAAGAAGAAAAUGAGAUGUCUAAUUUAUGCAGCAUGCAUGAUGAAUGUGCACCACCGCAGACAAUGUCCACUAUUCAAGACAUUGCUGUACGAGGGGAACAAAAUGUCAUAGAAACAGCUACUGUUUCACCCACAAAUGGAGAGAAAAGCCAUGACACAAACCAGAUCCAGUUUAAAAAAUAUAAAACACAUAUGAGUUUAGAAUUAACAGAAAAAGAAAGUAAUGCGUCUUUGAAUGGAGAUGGAACAGGGCGAGGCAAAUCACAAAACAGAGCAUCUCCUGAUGUAGAAAAUAAAGAAGAUAAACAAAUGGAACCCAUGACUAUUCAGAACACCAGUGGCAUCAAGGAAAAGGUAUGGGACCUAACACAGACAGCAGAAAGAGAAAUUCAAGAAAGCCAAAGAGAAGAGAAGAUCACAUCCUUGAUAACAAAUGGUAUCGCCAAUAAGUUUCUGAAUAGUCUUCCCAAUGACUCAGAGAGUCUAAAGCAAGAGAAUAACAUAAUGGAAAAGGAAUAUCUUGAUAUGCCGGGUGAUGAUAAGGACCCUCAAGUGUCUUGUUAUGUAACAGCACACCCCUAUGUUCUACAGCAUCUAGAAUGCCGUAUAAUUAAUAGCAUGAGUUCUUCAAUAGUUAGUGACAAUGAAGAAUUGGUCAGCAAUGUCAUCACGGUUGAGUGCUCACCUCGGGAAAAGAGUAUUCCAUUUCCAAUCUGCAUUGCAAUUCCAUUUACUGCACGUCAUAGGGGAAAUUAUAGAGACAUUAUGGUGAAAGUAUCUGAUAUAAUAAACCUUCAAUCAAGCUACCUAACCCCAAAUUCACUAGAAGGAAUAAGAGGAAGUUAUAAGGGCACCUGUGCAGAGGUUCAAGUUUACAAGUUGGGCAUCUUCUCUGUUAUGUCUUGUUUAAAGAAAGAAUCCUUCACAGUUACAAAGAAAGGUCUCACUCUCAAGCCAAGCAUGGAUUCUCGAAUAUCCUUAAAUUACCCUCCGGGAGUUUUCAAAUCACCAGUGCUUGUGCAAUUAAAGGUCCAACCAGUAGAUCCUACUCUGGUAGCACAUUUAAGAACACAGCAAGGCACUUUUUGCUCCAUAUUAGCCACAAGCCCUCUGGUUCAUAUUCAGCAUCCAUCAACACAUGCUUUCCAGAAACCAGUCACUCUUCUCCUACCUUGUUCUCCACAUACUGAUAAAAAGAAUCUUGAAUCUGAGAUAGAUCACAAAAGAAUGGCCAGUGCCACAACCAACAGAAUCGUACCUUUGAACUUCAACCGGACAAAAAGUGCUUCCAUCAGAAAACCUGGGAACAAUGCCUGUGAUUCUUUGAAAUUAUUAGGAUUCAGGAGUAGAGACAGUGGUUGGUUUGGACUUGAUGAUGUUGUGGUGAGAACAAUGCAGAGUGGCUUGGUAUCCUUUGACUUGGGUGAAAACUUAGAGAGGUUUAUUGUGCUUCAGCUCUCUUCUGUUGUGGAUAAUAGCCACUUGGUUUCCUUUGUGAAAUCUUUAGAAGAUGCUCUGCUCAGCACCACUGCCUGUAUUGUGCUGUAUCACCAGAAAGACAACCCACGGAGGGUGGUUGUUUUAGUGGUGCCUUCUAAAGAGUUGACCCAGGUACUUAAGAGCUUGCGUCUAGAAGGGUUCAGUGCUUCUCCAGAACCGCCCCGUCAUUUCCAAAUAAAAGAAGGAGAACAGCUUCUUUUGAGAUUUACUGGAAACAUAUUUGCCUCAAGCAAUGGGAAGGAUUAUGGAAAAGACUACAAGCUUAUUUUUCAUUUACAAAGAAAAAACAGGCUGGAACUCCAAAUCAAAGAGGUGGAUGAAUUUGGAAACUAUAGCUGUCCUCAUUAUAAGGGCACUGUUGUAGUUUAUAAAGUACCUAAAGAAAAGCUAGCUCUCAACAUGGAUCAGUCUCUUGUAUUUAAUGAAAACCUUUAUGACUUGCCAGUUUGCAAAUUAUCUUUAAGACUGCCAAAGCAUAAAAAAUUAAUCAAUCGUCCACGGAGUACCAAGAGAAUUUCUACAGAUCCUUUAGACGCGCUCUGGGACAACCUGCUCUACUGGCUGGCCGAGGAGCUCUCCGAGGAGAACGCCGCGAGCUUGUCGUCAUCCCUCCCGCUCCGACGCAGCUCCAUCCAGCUCAUCAAACUCAAGAACCCCGACGACCUCACUGAGCAAAUCCACGCGUUGCUUUCCUUCUGGAAAAGGUCGCUCCCCAACUCCACCGACAAGCCCCGCCUGCUGGCCCGACACCUGCGGAAGAUCGGCAGGAGCGACCUGGCGGCAGAGCUCAAGUUCAAGUGGGAGAACAAAGUGUUCAGUGAACCCCAGCAGUGGUUCGACUUGGCCGAGUAG